AGCACUGCAAUCGACAUGAAGGUGACCCUCCGCCUCCUCCCCCUCUUGGCCGCCGCCGCCCUGGCCACUCCCACGCGCUACCCAGUCGUCUCCUCGGUAUGGCCACCCCGAGUCCACCGGCCAUAUUUCGCCCCUACGACCUACGGCACGGCCUACGACACGACCUACGACACGACCUCCUCCUAUGCCACCGUUCCUCCGUCGAGCUUCGUUCCCGGUUCGAAAAAGAGCUCGAGCGCUUCGCAUCCUGCCAGCUUCGCUUUCCUCAACACCCUUCGGCGUCCUUCCGUGCCGUCCUUCGCUCUGGCAAAGGCGCAGGAAUCUCAUCCUACCUACGCUCCUGCUCGGUCCUACGGGUAUGCGCCGGCGAAGAAGAGCCACGACUUCGACUUCGCGGUUAACGAGGGCGGCAACAACUUCGGCCACCAGCAAUCGGACGACGGCUACACCACCAAGGGCUCCUAUUACGUGGACCUCCCCGACGGCCGGCGCCAGAAGGUGUCCUAUUACGUGAGCGGUGACUCCGGCUUCGUCGCGGAAGUCACCUACGAGGGGGUCGCCCAUUACCACGCCCCGAAGAAUAACUACCACGCCCAGAAGCCCAGCUACCACGCCCCGAAGAAUAACUACCACGCCCAGAAGCCCAGCUACCACGCCCCGAGCCACCACAAGCCCGCCACGACGCCCGCACCCGCAGCUUACCCGCCCGCACCCGCCUAUUUGGUCUCCUCAGCCCACAUCCCGAGUCCUUUCCAUGGCUGAGCGUCUUCGUGUGUCAGGAGUGUCCGAGAGAUGAUGAAUUUUUUUUUUUUGAGACGAAUUAAAGAGCUAUAUUUAUUUACAUAUAUAUAUAUUAAAGGAAACUUUAUUCAAGGUUGCGUUUUUAUUUUGGUAAUUAGAAAUUUGAGAUUAAAUAUUAUUAGAAAUUAAAUGAACAAUGAAAAACAUACAAAUAAUAAUA